AUGCUAUCUGGUGUGAGCGAAUUUCUUCCUCGUCUAUCUAUCUAUCUUUCUUUCUCUCAAUCUUUCUUUCUUCCUUCCUUCCUUUCCCUCAAUCUUUCUUCCUUCCUUUCCCUCAAUCUUUCUUUCUGUCUUCCUUUCCCUCAAUCUUUCUUUCUUUAUUUUUUUCCCUCAAUCUUUCUUUCUUUCUUUCUUUCUUUCCCUCAAUCUUUCUUUCUUUCCCUCAAUCUUUCUUCCUGCCUUCCUUCCCCUCAAUCUUUCUUCCUUCACCUCAAUCUUUCUUCCUUUCAAUCUUUUUUCUUCCUGCCUUCCUUCCCCUCAAUCUUUCUUCCUUCCCUUCAAUCUUUCUUUCCUUCCUUCCUUUUUUCUUUCUUUUCCUUCCUUCCCCUCAAUCUUUCUUCCUUCCUUCCCUCAAUCUUCCUUCCUUCUUUUCCCUCAAUCUUCCUUCCUUCCUUCCUUUCCCUCAAUCUUUCUUUCUUUCUUUCUUCCUUCCCCUCAAUCUUUCUUUCUUUCUUCCUUUCCCUCAAUCUUCCUUCUUUCCUUCUUUUCCCUCAAUCUUUUUUCCUUUCCUUCACCUUUUUUUCCUUCCUUUUCCCUCAAUCUUUCUUCCUUUCUUCCUUCCUUCCCUCAAUCUUUCUUUUCUUUUCUUCCUUUCCCUCAAUCUUUCUUCCUUCUUUUCCCUCAAUCUUUCUUCCUCCCUUCCUUCACCUCAAUCUUCCUUCCUUCCCCUCAAUCUUUCUUCCUUCCUUCCUUCCCCUCAAUCUUUCUUCCUUCCUUCUUUCUUUUCUUUCUUCCUUCCUUCCUUUCCCUCAAUCUUUCUUCCUUCCUUCCUUCCUUUCCCUCAAUCUUUCUUCCUUCCUUCUUUUCCCUCAAUCUUUCUUCCUUCCUUCUUUUCCCUCAAUCUUUCUUCCUUCCUUCUUUUCCCUCAAUCUUUCUUCCUUCCUUCCUUCCCCUCAAUCUUUCUUCCUUCCUUCCUUCCCCUCAAUCUUUCUUUCUUUCUUUCUUCCUUCCUUCCCCUCAAUCUUUCUUUCUUUCUUUCCCUCAAUCUUCCUUCCUUCCUUUCCCUCAAUCUUUCUUCCUUCCUUUCCCUCAAUCUUUCUUCCUCCCUUCCUUCACCUCAAUCUUUCUUCCUUUUUUUCCUUCCCCAAUCUUUUCUUUUCUUCCUUCCCCUCAAUCUUUCUUCCUUCCUUCCCCCUCAAUCUUUCUUCCUUCCUUCUUUUCCCUCAAUCUUUCUUCCUUCCUUCCUUUCCCUCAAUCUUUCUUUUCUUUCUUCCUUCCUUCAAUCUUUCUUUUUCUUUUUCCCUCAAUCUUCCUUCCUUCCUUUUCCUUUCCUUCCUUCCCUCAAUCUUUCUUCCUUCCUUCCUUCCUUCCCUCAAUCUUUCUUCUUUCAAUUUUUUUUUUCCUUCCUUUCCCUCAAUCUUCUUUCUUUCUUUCUUCCUUCCUUCCCCUCAAUCUUCCUUUCUUUCUUCCUUUUUCCCUUCCUUCCUUUCCCUCAAUCUUUCUUCCUUCUUUUCCCUCAAUCUUUCUUCCUCCUUCCUUUCAAUCUUUCUUCCUUCCCUCAAUCUUUCCUUCCUUCCCUCAAUCUUUCUUCCUUUUCCUUCCUUCCUUCCCCUCAAUCUUUUUCUUCCUUCCCUCAAUCUUUUUCCUUCCUUCCCUCAAUCUUCCUUCCCUUUUCCCUCAAUCUUCCUUCCUUUUCCUUUUCCUUCCUUCUUUUCCCCUCAAUCUUCCUUCCUUCCUUUUCCCUCAAUCUUUUUUCCUCCCUUCCUUCACCUCAAUCUUUCUUCCUUCCUUCCUUUCCCUCAAUCUUUCUUCCUUUCUUCCUUCCUUCCCUCAAUCUUUCUUCCUUCCUUUCCUCAAUCUUUUUUUUUCAAUUUUUCUUUUCUUCAAUCUUUCUUCCUUCCUUCCUUCCCUCAAUCUUCCUUUUCUUUUCUUUCUUCCUUCCUUUCCCUCAAUCUUCCUUCCUUCCUUCCCUCAAUCUUUCCUUCCUUCCUUCCUUUCCCUCAAUCUUUCUUUCUUUCUUUUCCCUUCUUUUUCUUCCUUCCUUCCCCUCAAUCUUCUUCCUUUUCCCCUUUCUUUCUUCCUUCUUUUCCCUCAAUCUUUCCUUCCUUCCUUUUCCCUCAAUCUUUCUUCCUUCCUUCCUUCUUUUCCCUCAAUCUUCCUUCCUUCCUUCUUUCAAUCUUCCUUCCUUCUUUUCCCUCAAUCUUUCUUUCUUUCUUCCUUCCUUCCCCUCAAUCUUUCUUUCUUUCUUUCCCCCCAAUCUUCCUUCCUUCCUUUCCCCUCAAUCUUUCUUCCUUCCUUCUUUUCCUCUUUUCUUUCUCCCUUUUCCCUCAAUCUUUCUUCCUUCUUUCCUUUUCCUCCUUCCUUCUUCCUUUCCCUCAAUCUUUCUUCCUUCCUUCCUUUCCCUCAAUCUUUCUUCCUUCCUUCCUUCUUUUCCCUCAAUCUUUCUUCCUUCCUUCCUUCUUUUCCCUCAAUCUUUCUUCCUUCCUUCCUUUCCCUCAAUCUUCCUUCCUUCCUUUCCCUCAAUCUUUCUUUCUUUCUUCCUUCCUUUUCCUCAAUCUUUCUUUCUUCCUUUCUCUCAAUCUUCCUUCCUUUCCCUCAAUCUUUCUUCCUCCCUUCCUUCACCUCAAUCUUUCUUCCUUCCCCUCAAUCUCUCUUUUUUCCUUCCUUUCCCUCAAUCUUUCUUCCUUCCUUCCUUUCCCUCAAUCUUUCUUCCUUCCUUCCUUUCCCUCAAUCUUCCUUCCUUCCUUCUCCUCAAUCUUCCUUCCUUCUUUUCCCUCUCUUUCUUCCUUCCUUUCCCUCAAUCUUUCUUCCUUCCUUCCUUUCCCUCAAUCUUCCUUCCUUCCUUCCUUUCCCUCAAUCUUUCUUCCUUCCUUCCCCUCAAUCUUUCUUCCUUCCUUCCUUCCCUCAAUCUUUCUUCCUCCCUUCCUUCACCUCAAUCUUUCUUCCUUCCUUCCUUCCCCUCAAUCUUUCUUCCUUCCUUCCUUUCCCUCAAUCUUUCUUCCUUCCUUCCUUUCCCUCAAUCUUUCUUCCUUCCUUCUUUUCCCUCAAUCUUUCUUCCUUCCUUCCUUUCCCUCAAUCUUCCUUCCUUCCUUUCCUUCCUUUCUUCCUUUCCCUCAAUCUUCCUUCCUUCUUUUUCUUUCUUCCUUCCUUCCCCUCAAUCUUUUUCCUUCCUUCUUCCUUUUCCCUCAAUCUUUCUUCCUUUCAAUUUUUUUUCCUUCCUUCCCCCUCAAUCUUUCUUUUUCCUUCUUCCUUUCCCUCAAUCUUUCUUCCUUCCUUCCUUCCCUCAAUCUUUCUUCCUUCCUUUUUUUUCCUUCCUUCCUUUUCUUCCUUCCUUCCUUCUUUCCCCUCAAUCUUUCUUCCUUCCUUCCUUUCCCCUCAAUUUUUCUUCCUUCCUUCCUUCCCCUCAAUCUUUCUUCCUUCCUUCUUUUCCCUCAAUCUUCCUUCCUUCCUUCCCCUCAAUCUUCCUUCCUUCCUUCUUUUCCCUCAAUCUUUUCUUCCUUCCUCCCCCCCUUUCUUCCUCCCUUCCUUCCUUUCCUUCUUCCUUCCCCUCAAUCUUCCUUCCUUCCUUUCCCUCAAUCUUCCUUUUCUUUCUUCCUUCCCCUUCCUUUCUUUCUUCCUUUCCCUCAAUCUUUCUUCCUUCCUUCUUUUCCUUUCUUCCUUCCUUCUUUUCUUUCUUUCUUCCUUCCCUCAAUCUUUCUUCCUUCCUUCUUUCCCUCAAUCUUCCUUCCUUCCUUUCCCUCAAUCUUUCUUCCUUCCUUCCCCUCAAUCUUUCUUUCUUUCUUCCUUUCCCUCAAUCUUCCUUCCUUCCUUUCCCUCAAUCUUCCUUCCUUCCUUUCCCUCAAUCUUUCUUCCUCCCUUCCUUCACCUCAAUCUUUCUUCCUUCUUUCCUUCCCCUCAAUCUUUCUUCCUUCUUUCCUUCCCCUCAAUCUUUCUUCCUUCCUUCCUUUCCCUCAAUCUUCCUUCCUUUCCCUCAAUCUUCCUUCCUUCCCCUCAAUCUUCCUUCCUUCCUUUCCCUCAAUCUUCCUUCCUUCCUUUCCCUCAAUCUUCCUUCCUUCUUUUCCCUCAAUCUUUCUUCCUCCUUCCUUCCCCUCAAUCUUUCUUCCUUCCCCUCAAUCUUUCUUCCUUCCUUCCUUUCCCUCAAUCUUUUUCCUUCCUUCCUUCCUUCCCCUCAAUCUUCCUUCCUUCCUUCCCCUCAAUCUUUCCUUCCUUCCUUUCCCUCAAUCUUUCUUUCUUCCUUCCUUCCCCUCAAUCUUUCUUUCUUCCUUCCUUUUCCCUCAAUCUUCCUUCCUUCCUUUUCCUUUCUUCCUUUCCCCUCAAUCUUUCAUCCUUCCUUCCCCUCAAUCUUUCUUUUCCCUCAAUCUUUCUUCCUUCCUUUCCUUUCCUUCCUUCUUUUCCCUCAAUCUUUCUUCCUUUUCAAUCUUCCUUCCUUCCUUCCCUCAAUCUUUCUUCCUUCCUUCCUUUUCCUUUCUUCCUUCCUUCCUUUCCCUCAAUCUUUCUUUCUUCCUUUCCCUCAAUCUUUCUUUCUUCCUUUCCCUCAAUCUUUCCUUCUUCCUUUCUUUCUUUUCAAUCUAUCUAGCUAGCUUUUUUUAA